AUGCUCGUCGUGGACUCUCAACUUCAACUGAGACGAGGGGCUCUCGAUUCCGUAACAGCACUGCAGCCGCCGUUCGGGGUGGAUACGGAGCACUUCUUUUCACCCGCUUUCACAAUACAAGGAGAGGGGAGACGGGUUACUCCAUUGGCGAUUUUCCACUCAGAAAAAGCGCAUACAUCCCCUGAAACAGUAAGCAUGAGCGCAAAUGAUUAUAUGCAGGAUACAUUAGCCAGGUCUAGUGACUCCCAAACACAGCGCCGUUGCGGUGCAAACCCCAUACCAGCCUUGACAAUCGCUGCGGCAGCUGUUUUUGCCUUUCCGAUCAAGUGGGGCGGGAAAGGAAAUGCAUCUCACCAGUACGGAAAAGAAGACGACAUGGAUGCAGUUCAAACAGGCGACGGGUCCACUACCCAUUGCAAAACGAUUGAAUACGGCCCUGAGAGCACGGUUUGUACUUACCAGCGCGUUCAUCCCUGGCGACCAGCCCAACACGCACUCACGUUGAUAGGUAGAGGGCUUCAAGCGUUGCAACAGUACAUUAUUGUCCUUACGGAGCAACUUGGAGGCGGGCAUGGCGGCUUAUUGGGAGCCCCUAUGCGCGUCAAAGACGCCUCACGGCUUCUAUGGCAAGUUUUUCAGGACCCUCUGGAAAUUAUGGGCUCCGCCGUUAAUCAGGCUCUUGGAGUGGUCAUACUGCAUAAAGACAAAGUUUGCAAUAAUACCUGUCCAGAAGCAAUCAACAAAAUACAGCCUGUACAGGGCGACCACUCAUCUGAGAAACGGCAAGUCGGUGAAAAACACGCGGAUGCGAAUUCCAAUACUUUUUCGGGCGAAUGGGCUUUGGAUACCAGUUGUACUCGUUUCCGCCCAGACACUUGGGUUGGGGACUUACCAGAAGAUGUAGAGUGCUCACCUGGGGUCCAGCAUCACUCAGCGCAACCGAAGAUGCUUGACAGUAGCGCACCUUCCAGUGAAAGUGGAAGCUGCGUUGGCGUUAACCACCUUCUGUCUAUGCUGAUGGCAUCGUAUAGGGCACUAUUGCUAUUCAUCCGAACCUUCGGAUCUGUUCUGCUAAGGCUAAUUCAUGUUGUGCCUUUAGGGCUCACUGCAGCCACCGCAGGAUUUUGGCUGCUUGGGUUGCCCUACCUCUCAGUUUGCUUGAGGACGAUAGGCUUGGGGAGCAAUUGGGUACUGCAUUGGGAAGCUAUCGCCCAGCGCGAAUUGGAAGAAGUAAUGUUCAUGGCAGUCACAGCAGCAGCAUCCGCUGCAGGGCCAACCUACGUCAAAUUCCUGCAGUGGAUUGCUACUCGGCCGGACUUAUUUCAUGAAUCCCUCUGCUCGCGCUGUGCAAGACCAAUCGGAUGCGGCUGCAUUGCCCAGGUAUACCGCGCAUACCUUUUGUUGUCAAACGAAGCAAGUGAAGAGUCAAAACGCACAUUUCUCGACCAUGCCUAUGUUUUAGGCGGCAGUAGUUCAAAAUGUGCAGCUGCAGAAAUAGGCGGCGGCAACAAGCUGCCACCAGUCGCCGUUGCAGUGAAGGUAAUGAGACCUGGAGUACGGGAGGCGAUGGAAUUUGACCUCCGCGUGAUGCUUCUCGUCGCCUCGGUUCUUCAGCUUCUGCCUGCCUUCGGGUUUGUUGCUUUGAAAAAGAGCGUGGAAGAGUUUGCAGUUUCAAUGCGUCGGCAACUGGAUUUUGGAUUGGAAGAGAAACAUCUCAAACUCUUUCGCUCAAAUUUUGGGCUAUCGACAGAUCCCAUUCCGAGUGACAUCCUACCCCUGCGUAAUAGGUGCAGGCGGCAUAGCGAGCCCGAGCAAAGUGAUUUUCUGACGGCAGGGCCGAAGGCAGAGCGUCACCCCACCAGUAUAUUCGGCUCUUUGUCGCGGAAGAUACUUGGGAUGCGUCGGCAGGUUACAUUUCCGUACCCAUUUGAGGCUUUAAGCAGCAGCGAAGUUAUUGUCAUGACCCUUGAAUCCGGCUUCACUCUCAACCAGCUGUUUAAAACGAGAGCUGAACUGCAAAAGCAAGAUGAUUCGUCACGCAUUCAGCGGAGUAUUCGCAGAGAUCGAGGCCCAUCGAUGACUAAACUGGAGCCGGGUGGCACUUCAGGGGUUCUAGCCAGCCCCGCUGCGCAAAAGAUAAUAGAGGUGUAG